AUGAUACUGUAUCGCAUGACCCACGGGCAAGCGCACAGCAUUGUUUUCUUAUUCUUCGUAAUUAUUUAAUCAACCUCGAAAUCGAAAACAAAAACGAUGAGCAACACAAAAGCGCGUAGUAGUUUUACAUACAAGUGGUUAGAAUUACCUAUAGGCACGAUGGCGCAAGGAGCGCGCAUUGGAAGAGAGAAGGCACGGGGAGGCCACGAGCGGCCCUCCUCUCAUCGAUCAGGCACGUCGACCAGACGAGAGGUGACGUUGGCUUUCAGAAAUCAUCUGACUGCAGAUGCAUACAUUUUGCUUAUGCAGCACAAUUUAGAUUUUCAAAAUCAAUUUUCAUUUUUGGAUUGCCCGUGCUCGCUCCCCAGCGCGACGGACAGGCAUAAAGCAGAGCUGCUACCCGAAAAGAAGCUGAAGUGCUGAGUAGCUCUCUUUUUUGCUGUGCGUCUUCUGUAGCGCCGCCCUUGUUUACCUGCUCGCGAUUCGCCCGGGAGGCGGGAAGCGUGUUGCUUCAUCCAAGUUUUCUUUCGCUGACGCUGGUCGUGUUCCCACACGGUGCGGUCUUUCCUAUCGACAAGAUUUUCGAGUAGUUCAGUCUGAUUCGACGAAAGCGAAAACGAAAGGGUAGACCAGAGCUUGUUGUAAUACAUAAAGAUAUUGAUUUGUAGUAGUUGCAGUUGAGAAUGGGAUGAUACAGUGUCAGUGAAAAAUCAUAGCGCUAGUGAUUUUGGUGUUUAUCAUCUUUGUUUUCACAGACUUUGAUAUAGAUGAUGAAGUACUUUGUUUUCACAGACUUUGAUAUAGAUAAAUCAUAAAUAUUUUUUGUUUUCACAGAAGCUGGCACAGUGGCAUAGAUGAUGAACAUGAUGGCGCGACCAUCUACUUCAUUAUCUCGUAGCAGUUGUACUACGAGGGGCGCCUGGCCGCGGCCGCGGUGGUCUUCUCUGGUACAGCGUGCGCUCAUACUUGCUGAAAUAGCUGCAUGCUUCAUCUACCUGGACCUGGACGAUUCCUCUACCUCUACAGGCAAGCUGUUGCGAAAGCAAAAGGACGAGGGCGACGACAUCAUAUUCACCCAGGUCGUCGUCCAUGAUCAACUUGAUGCAUUGGCGACACGGCCGGCGCUUGAGAAGGUGAAGCUGUUGAGGACCCUCCACCGUCGCGUAAAAAACAGAGACUCUAUUGCCACCGGCGGCGACGGCACUGCAGCAUCGGCAGAGGGGAAGCAGCUGCUCUGUGCGCUGCGUGACUCGGUCCAGUUUACGUGUCCGCCGUGGGAGAAGAAGAUGAAAGAAGGAGGAGCGACGUCGCGAAUUCGAGCGAUGAAUGCCACGCAGGAGCAGCCGGGCGGCCAGGACGAUGCAGCAACAACUUCCUCACUCACGGCUAAGAGUAGGAGACUAUCAUUUUCCUCACCAGAAGAAGAAUCCCUUCCAGCGGAAGCACAAGGAGCCCCCGACCCCGAGCAAGAAGACGCCUCUACUUUCUACCGUCCGCCCCUGUUGGGGAAAAGCUGCGCGAUCGUGUCGAACAGUGGCGCCAUGCUUUUGCACUCCUACGGAGACGAAAUUGACGCGCACGACUUCGUACUGCGCAUGAACAGAGCACCAACGCGAGGCUUCGAAAAACACGUCGGGAGGAGGGAAAGCGUUCGCGCGGGGUGGGACAGCACGGAAUUCUUGAAAACGUUCUGCACUGAGCAGCAAGCUGCGGCACUACUUCUAGCGACGGGAAGAACUACAAGUGGCGUCGCGGAUGAACAUCAAGAACAAACAGUGGCACAAGCUGAAAACUUGAACUGCAACAGCGGUAGUGGAGGUGGUGAGCCGUCGCGCGAAACCGUGUACGUCCCUGAAGGGUUGAUUCCGGAUCCCGAAUGCACGCAAAUAAUGCAGAACGAAAACAACGACCAGGUCCAGACCAAGCUGGCAACAGCCGCAGCUGCCCGCCCAGAGUUGUCAGAGCACACUGUUGCUUCUGUUUCCGAGCAAGAGAAGAGACGAGGGAACAUCAGCUGCUCAACGCGACCUCCUAUAGUACCGUUCAUGAAGACUUGGCAGAACGUCAACGCAGAUGGUGAUUCGAUCACUCGCUUCUUCCAGGAACUGUAUGGCGCCUCUGAGGCGGAUCCUCAGGCUAAGCAGACUGGUGGUGGAACGACGUCCGGGGCGAACUACGGCGUCAUGUUGCUCGGUUACUGUGACCACGUCGAUCUUUACGAGAUGUCUCCGUCGCAAGCGGCCCUGACGGAGCAGAAUCACUACUACUCCUUCUUCGGUGGCGAGUUCCACGACGAGCGGCCAAGUAUGGAGAACGAACCCUGGGGCCAGGGGGCCUUGACGAACAGCUACCACCCGUGGGUCCGCGCGGAGCACGAUUUCUUCCGUCGGGUGGCAAUUACGCCAGCGGAGGAAAGCCUGCGAACGGGCAAACUGCGCAUCCAGGGGCUCAUGACACUCACGGAGGAGGACUGCUCACCACACUGA